AUGGAAAAUAUAUUCUCAUAUCAAGAGGUAUGGGAUAUCAUUAAUACAGGGUAUGUAGAACCAGCAGCAGGAGAUGAAUUUACUACAGCUGAGCAAACUACUUUAACAGAAAAUAGGAAAAAGAAUUUGAAAGCUAUUUAUAUCCUUCAUCAAGGAAUUCAUGAAUCUAUCAUGGAUAGGGUUGUAUAUAUCAAAGAAGUUAAGAAAGCAUGGGACUCUUUAACAAGGUAUUACAAAGGUUCUGAUAAGGUGAAGAAAGUAAGAUUACAAACCCUAAAAAGAAAGUAUGAGUUGUUAAAGAUGGACUCAACUGAGUUGAUAGCAUAUUUUUUCUCAAGAGCAUUAAGUCUUGUUAAUGAGAUGAAGGCUAAUGGAGAUACUAUAAAAAGACACUGUUCUUUGCAAUCUUAUAAGCAAAGAAUAUUAGAGAAGACAGCUGUGAAACCAGUUGAGGAAGCUUUACAAAGUCAGAUAAACUGGAACAAUGAAGCAAAUUCAAGAAGAUUUCAAGAUAAUAAAGGAAGAAAAUUUGUUGAUAGAUCUAAAGUCCGAUACUAUAAUUGUCAACAAAUUGGUCACUUUCAAAGUGAAUGUCCUGAACCACGGAAAGAUGUUUAUUACAACAGCAAUAAAACUGGAGGAUACAACAAUAAUGGUGGAAAUUACAACAACAGAACUGGAGGAUACAACAUCAAUAUAGGAAACUAUAACAACCAUAAUGGAAGUUACAACAACAAAGCAGGAGGUUACAAUAAUAAUGGUGGAGCAUACAACAACAAAACUGUAGUUCACAACAACAAAGAUGGAGGAUAUCGAGCUGCGAAUCAGGAUAAUAAAGCAAAUAUUGCAGAAGAACUAGAUGAAUAA